AUGUACACAACAUGGCGCUUUCAUGGUGAAAGUUUAGAAGGAGCACGUAACACUGCAACUGAAUAUGUAGCCGAUAAGGAUGUCACAGCAGUUUUGAAUGAGAGUGUUACAACAGAUGUGGAUGAAAAUGGUAGGGAAGGGAUGGAUGAGAAUGGAGAAGCAGGUGUUGAUGAGAAUGCAGAAGCAGGUGCUGAUGUGAAUGUUGGAACCAGCAGGUGUUAUCAUAAAAAGAAGUCAGCGGCUGAGCAGGCAAGAAAACCAUUAUAUCCUUCAUGUCCUAAAGGAAAGUCAGCAAUGUACGCUGCGAUUAUGGUGAACAACAUAAAGACUCAGUUUGGAAUUUCAGACAACGGUGUUACAGCAAUGUUAGAGUUGAUGAAAGAGUUGGUUCCCGAAGGUAACACCCUUCCAUCCAAGUUUCCAGAUAUCAAGAAGAUUAUUAAAGAGAUGGGGAUGGACUAUGUCACUUAUGAUGCUUGUAUAAAUGACUGUGUACUUUAUUGGAAGGAUAAUAGUUCAUUGGUGAAAUGUCCGGUAUGUCAAGAACCUCGGCUGAAAAGACUUUACAGUAUACCAUGGAUAUCAGAGGCGAUGCUUUGGCAUUCUAGAGCACAAAAAGAUGUCAAUAUAAUGCGUCAUCCGGUUGAUUAUACAGCUUGGCGGUGUGCGGAUAACUUUUUUCCAGAAUUUGCUAAGGAAGCACGGAAUGUUACUCUUGGGAUAGCAAUUGAUGGAUUAAACCCAAAUGGAUGUUUUGGUUUCAAUUACAGCUGUUGGCCGGUGAUACUGUGUCCGUACAACCUUCCACCUUCAAUGUGUAUGAAGCGCGAAUUCUCCAUGUUAUGUUUGUUGAUAUCAGGCCCAAGAGCAUCAGGUAAAGACAUUGAUGUGUACUUACAACCAUUGAUAGAGGAGUUUAAAGAGUUAUGGAAUGAUGGUGUUAUGACAUUCGACAGCUUCACAAAGUCUGAAUUUCUGUUGAAGGAAAGGUUGUUAUGGGCCAUUCAUGAUUUUACGGCAUUAGGGAUUCUGUCUGGAUGUGUGACUCAUGGAUAUUAUGCGUGUCCUACCUGUGGUGAAGAAAAAGUUUCUGAGUGGCUGUCGUAUAGUAAAAAAAAUAUGUUAUAUGGGACAUCGAAACACAAGUACAGAGAUGACAAGACAAACUUCAGUGGAGGGGUAGAACAUGGUAAAGCUCCAUGGCCACUAACAGGAUUGCAAAUUCAAGAAAUGGUGAAGGCUAUGAGAAGCAAACAGGAUAAGGGUAAACCACCAGCAAAGAAACGUAAAAGAGGAUCAGAAGUCUGUCAUUGUACAUAUGUUAUGCAUACAAAGAAUAAUAUAACUGAGCAUAUCAUUAACACUCUCAUGGGUAACAGUAAGUCAAAAGACGGUGUAAAUGCACGGAAAGAUAUGGAAGCUAUGGGUAUUAAGAAGCGGUUAAUGAAAGGAAUUAAAGGAUUGGUGCGCAAUAAAAGGUACAUUGAGGGGUGCAUUGCAAGAGGGUAUGCAUUGCGAGAAGCUAGCUUAUACCUUAUGGAGGACAUAUCAGAUGAUGGUGAUGGUACUCAUAAACAUACUCGGCAGGCUUUUUUGGAUGAUGACUGUGAUGAUGCCGAUGAGAAGUAUGAUGUUUAUGUUAAUGGUGACAAGUCUAAUGGUCAGAGAUCAAAGAGUUUUCAUCUAUGGUUGAGCAACGAGUUGUUAAAGGCCAAAGAAACUGAUUCAACACUUUGGAGACUCCUGCAAGGACCACUCUUCAAGGCACAAUCAUAUAAGAAGUACCAAGUCAAUGGGUUUACUUUUAGCAAACUCAGUUCUGGGGUGAAGAAUGUAUCACAGAACAGCGGUGUGUCAAUGAAAGUUGUUACAAGGCUUCAUGCGAAUGUUGGAGAUAAGAAUGCUUGCAAAGUUGAUGCAGUUUCCAAGGUUGUAAAGGUCAACUUGUCAAAAAUGAGAAGCAUAAAUACAGUGGUGGAUGAGUCGUUUAUCCUUGCAUCUGAAGCUACUCAAGUGUUCUACUCGAAGGAUCUUAGUGAAGAGGGAUGGUCCGUAGUGUUGCACUCACGACAGCGAUUAACGUCUGCAGUAGAUAAAUCUGAAGUUCUUAUAUCUUUUCAGUCAGUUCUGACUGACAAUGAGAAUUUGAGAAAGCUGCUCAUUACUGAUUCUAUAUUUUGA